AUGCCUGCAGGUCACAGAGAGUUUCUGAACGCCAUAGAAAACGGACCUUCUCUCAGACAUCACGGCUUUGGCAAGAGGAAUAUUAGUAAACAAAUAGCGCUUUCUACCUUUCUGUUUCAGGACCACCUGUCGGAAUAUUUCCUUCCUUGGGAACAGCUCGGGAAGAAGGCUGCCAAGUUGGAUGCGGGAGAACUGAAAGACCAAGUUAAAAAGUUACCAUGUCUGGACUACACUCGUCUAAGGAGUUAUGAAGAGUACUGUUUAGCCCACAGCCUGUUGUCUACAAUUGCACACUGUUAUGUUUGGCAGGACAGAGAUAAGGGCGUGGUACCUGAGGUUCUUCCAAGGGCUGUUGCUGUUCCUUGGUAUCACGUGUCCCAGUACCUAGGACUUAACCCUGUCUACUGCUACAUGGCAGGUAUGCUGGCUAACUGGAGGAAGGAAUCGGAAGACAGCUGCGACAUUGACAUCAUUUGCGGCGCGCCCGGGACUCCCCACACCGACUGGUUUUUCAAAGUUUCAAUUCAAAUCGAAAUUGACUUUGGCAAGGGAGUCAAGGAUAUAAUUAAAACAUAUCAGUCGUUGGAGACAGGUGAUGACGACGGUUUGAUAGAAGGUUUGCAAGGGAUUGCUGACACCAUUAAGAGGAUGCAACAAACACUGUCCAGAAUGCACGAAAAACAAGACCCUUGGCCUUUUUAUAAUAAACUCCGACCGUUUUUCGAAGGCUGGGGAGCACAAAGCAAAUUUCUCCCGGAAGGACUGAUAUACGAGGGUGUCAGCGAUUCACCGUUACAAUACUUGGGAGGGAGCGCCGCCCAGAGUUCAACCAUCCAGACCUUUGAUGCCAUACUUGGGGUCAAACAUACGGCAGAAGCAGUUCCAUAUCUCAGAAAAGUAAGGGAAUAUAUGCCUGCAGGUCACAGAGAGUUUCUGAACGCCAUAGAAAACGGACCUUCUCUCAGACAUCACGUGAAGCUUUUACACAAUGAUGGUGUACGAAAAGCGUACAACAAAUGCAUCCAAGCACUCACUGAUUUUCGAUCAUAUCACUUUGCGAUAAUUGUGAAAUAUAUUUUAGUGCAGUCGUACAAGAAAAAUGGAGAAUCUCGUUAUGGCUCGGAGGCCCAAGGGGCAGGCGGAACAUAUUUGGUCGCCUUCUUGAAAUCAACUCGCGACCAGACAGCCAGGUGUAUCCUUGGCGACAGCGAGACAGAUCACGUGACAAAGCAAGCAGACGACACUGUUUUAGUAGGCUUGAAAAUGGAAGAGAGACCUAGCUCGCCUCUUCUACACCCAGGGACGACUCGUAUAAUCAAAGCAAUAGCAGAUCCAGAGGUUUAAAAAGGAUAUAAAAAAAGAGACAGUUAGUGCUAUCUGUGAUAACCAGUAAGAGGCAGCUAUUGUAUUUUAUUCAAGGCAUCAAAAGUUGAUAAACUGCGUAAAAAAAUAAGGUCAAUAUAGUAAUUUACUUUUAAAGUCUAUUUUUAUUGUACCCGAAACCUUUAGCAGGGCAGUUGAAAAGAAGAAACAAAUACCAGUAACUUUAUAAUUAUUAAGCAUAUUAUUCAGGGAUAAGUGUAAAAAGUUUAUUAUCUUGAACAUAUUCUUUGAACACAAUUUGUUUCUUUUAAAGGAACUUUAGACAAAAUGCAAUAACCCGAUAUAAACGGUACCAUUAACACAGA